AUGUUUCCUACCGAGGAAGUCUCUCAAUUUGAUGAGAGGAGGACCUUGUUGCUUGGUGCUUGUAUCGGCUAUGAUUCUAAAUGUGAUGAUUACAAAAUCCUAAGAGUUUGUCAACGUGUUAUAACGGCACCCUCCUCUUAUGGGACGCUCAAUACUUAUCAGUUGUAUUCGUUCAAAGAGGAUUCUUGGAACCAAAUUGAUCGUGUUGCUAAUCCUGAUGAUACAUCUAAGUCUAGUUUUCAAGCUGCAUUUGUUAGAGGUAAAUGUUAUUGGUGUGUUGCGCUUGACAGAAUUGAAUCGUGGGAUUGUAGUGAGAAAACCUUAUCUUACAUGGAUUUCCCGCCAGAGCGUCGUAUCACUAGAUAUGGUCAACUUGUCCAGAUUAAUGGUGGAGAUUCGUUAGGUUUUGUUGGAUUUUCGGAUCGAGAUCCUAAAGUCGGUCAUGAUUAUGAGCUUUGGGUAUGGAGUGAAGAGUUAAAGAGGUGGGAUAGACAGUUUAGUGUCUCUCUUGGUGGUGCUGUGGGUAGACCAGUGGGGACUAUAUUUGGUACAUUCUUAUUUCUUCAUGGAAUGACUGGCACACCGGAUGAGUACAUACGUCGUCUAGUAGCUUAUGAUUGGAGUAAGGAAGCCUGCAAGGAACUCGGUAUUCGUAAUUAUCGCUUUAGAAUCAAUGUCCUUUGUGAUGUCGAGGGCACCGUUGUACUGCCCUGUGGAAAGCAUGGAAAGCCAAUCUCUAGAUCCUCAAUUAUUAAUAAUCCUCCUAUCGUCACGGUCGGCCCUCCUGACCCGUCCGAAAAGUAUUGCAUUUGCGGUUGUCAUCGCGGGACGAGUUCGAGGGACAGUUCAUUGCUACAUGAAUUGAAAAAUGUGCCUGAUUGCAUUCAUUGUGGUGCAAGAAUAUUUGAAUAUGAACCUCCUACUUUUUGUUGUGAUAAUGGAAAAGUUAAACUUGCAUUUUCUGAAGUUCCUACGCAGUUGGAUGAAUUGUUUACAGCCCAAUCAGAAGAAGCUAUUGAUUUCAGAAGGAAUAUUCGUGCUUAUAAUAGUAUAUUCUCAUUUACGUCGUUUGGUGUAAAAUUGGACAAAGAAUUGGCAUCUGCAAGACAGGGAGUUUAUUAUUUUCGAGCACAAGGCAUGGUUUAUCAUGAUCUUCCUGGAUUGAUGUAG